AUGUCUCCUCAAGAACGACUAUCGAACGACGAGUUCCUCGCCCGCCUCAGCACGCUCCUCACCUCUACGCACGCGCAGGCCCACGGCUCAAUCUACCUCACCCAGAAACCGCUUUUCGCAGCGGCCGACCCUGAUUCUGCAUCGGCUGCUGCCGCCGACUCGGCACAGAUCCUCGUCCGUGCAACCAACGGCGUGGGCAGACUCCAAAAGUCCACCGCUGUAUCCAAGGCCUCGAAACCGAAAGCGAAAUCCAGUACCCCGGUCGCGGCGGCGGACACGAAGCCGAAGAUCAGGUUCGCGACCCUGGUGGCGAUGUCGGACUUGGAGUCUUUCUACACGCGGUAUGCGGACGUGUGCAAGAAGGGGAUGGAGGGGUUGAGGAAGCGGGACAAGAAAAAGGCAAAGGAACGCGCAAAGGCGAAGAAGAAGGGGAAGACUGGCGCGGGGGCGUGA